AUGAAAGGCUUCUACGUCCGGCCAUCGAAGGCGCUUGAAGUGGGAGGCGGAUUCUUCGUCCCUGGUACGCACACACAGGGCAGGACAGGGCAGGAGGGCAGAAGAAAGAUACGCCCAGCUGGAUUGGCGAAUGUCGAUCUUGUCCUGUGUGCCCACGAUGUGUCAGGUUUGGAGGGUUGGAGGCUGCCUGUGGCUGGAGGGUUGUUCUUCGCCGUGUGUUUGGCUGUCAACCACCUUGCCAGUCUGGAGGUGGCCAUUGGCCAGACCAUCACCGAGGCCAUCGGUGCCAUUGCCGUCCUGACGCUCAUCCUACAGGGCCUCUUCCGCCGACAGCUGGACAUGGCCGCCAAGUCGGGGGAGCUGUUUGCGGAUGUGCUGGAGAGACAGCGAGUGGCUUUUGUUGACGAACAGUUUGAGCGCGACUAUGUGGAGAGCGACGCCUUUGAGUCGGUGGGGUGGAUGGUGGAGACCCUGCUCAAUAUCAUGGGUGCCACGGCUGUCGUGCUGGCAAGCCGCGAGAACGGUGCAGACGGGGGCGGUGGGCUGCAGGUGGUGCUGCGUGCUGGCGACUACACGGCUGACGAGAACGCUGCCGUGAUGGACGAGAAUGCUGUGCUAUGGGAUGAUGGGCAGAAACAGCAGAGCGGUGAUGGUGGGCCUUGUCGGAGUGUGCGAGUGGUCGAGAGGCACAGGGUGAGGGGCGGCAGUGAGGCGGCCAGUGUGGUGUCGCUCUUUCCCGCCAACACCAAGAGCAUAGCGGUGUUUGAGCUGCCCUUCUUAUCAUCACAGGGGCAGACGGGCGGUGCACUGUCUGAGUGGUGUCUGUUUGCUGGGCUGCGAAGUGGGCCGUCGAGUGUGUCGGCGGACGAUGCAUACUGGCUUGACAAAAUACAGACAUUCGCAACGGUGCAGACCAACUUGACGUGAAUGGCCAUGGAUGGCGCCGGUAGCCGGUGCUGAUGUCUGUGCGUUCUGUGAGGUCAGUCGGUUGUGUUUGUGUUGAUGCUGGAUGCGUGUUAGAGAGGAGGGGAUGUAGGUGUGAAAGAAGGGCACGUGUGUGUCAUGACGAUUGAUCCAUAGCGUUUGAAACAUCGUGUACAGUGUGUCUCUGUCGGAGUCUCAUGAAUGCA